AUGAGGCUGAAAAAGCAGGCAGUGAUAAAAAUCAAAGUGGACGUAGACUUCCCCACUAAGGAGUCUGGAUUCUGUACCCAUCAGAGGUACAGUCUUUCUUAUGAAAGAAUACCUGGUUAUUUCGUGAUGGCAUUAGUACCUCUAAAAAGCAUAGAGAGCUCCAAAAUGCAGACAAAGAUGAGUACUUGGACACCCCUGAACCAUCAGCUUUUGAAUGACCAGGUAUUUGAAGAAAGAAGAGCUCUGCUUGGAAAAUGGUUUGACAAAUGGACAGACUCUCAAAGGAGAAGAAUCCUCACAGGCCUGUUGGAGCGUUGCUCCCUGUCACAGCAGAAGUUCUGCUGUCGAAAGCUUCAGGAAAAGAUUCCAGCAGAAGCUCUGGAUUUUACCACCAAGCUUCCGAGGGUGUUGUCUUUAUACAUCUUUUCUUUCCUGGAUCCCCGCAGCCUUUGUCGUUGUGCACAGGUGAGCUGGCACUGGAAGAACUUGGCUGAGCUGGACCAGCUCUGGAUGCUCAAAUGUUUGCGGUUUAACUGGUACAUCAAUUUCUCUCCAACUCCCUUUGAGCAGGGCAUAUGGAAGAAACACUAUAUUCAAAUGGUGAAAGAACUUCAUAUUACCAAGCCUAAGACACCGCCAAAAGAUGGAUUUGUAAUUGCUGAUGUUCAGCCAAUAACAAGCAAUUCUCUGGAGGGAAAGCAGUCUCCUUCAUCAGCUGUUCGGUCCUCCUCUUCAAGGAAGAAGAAGAAUACAGGGGAGAAAGAACUCCCACCUUGGCGAUCCUCUGAUAAGCAUCCUACUGAUAUCAUUCGUUUCAAUUACCUUGACAACUGUGAACCCAUUGAGCACAUCUGGCAAGGAAGAAGGAAAAGAAAUGAAAUGAUCCCAGAAUUCAGCCGACAGUCACAUGAUAAGAAAAAUAAGUUGCAGGAUAGAGCCAGACUACGAAAAGCACAGUCACUGAUGUCCCUAAGUUCCAACUCUCCUCUAAGAAUUCCGGCUCAUCUUGCCUGGACUUCUCAUCAGUCUGUGGAACCCUCAGCCACCAAAGCAGCAACCGCAUUUCUCCUGCAGCAUCUUCAGAGACACCCGGGGCUUCAGGCACUACCCACCCGGGCUCCAGAACUGAAACAGAUUUAA